AUGGCCCUUCCACAAUACAUUAUCAACGCUCAUGUUUUUGGCGAGACCUAUGACAACGAAGAAGUUGGUUUUCUGUUUAGAAACACUGAGGUUAAACGAUUUUGUUUAAGCAGAAAAGCAAAUUUCAGUUACUUCAAAGGGAGAUUAGAGACGAAGCUUGCAAUGGGUGGUGUAUCCCAGAUUUUUUACCAAUAUCAAUUUCUUCGUGGAGACAACCCGGUCAAUUUUAUCCAAGUUGAGAUCAAAGACGAUGAAGACAUGCAGAAUAUGUUUGCCAAUCAUGAGUAUUCUGGUUACGAAUGCAUAGAACUGUAUGUUACUCUACCAGAAGUUCAACCCACGCAAAUGGUUGAGUCACAAGUCAUUGAUGCACUUGGAGACGAGCAAGCAGAGGUCGGCGUUGUAGAUGAAGAAGAAGAAGAAGCACCGAAAAUAGAAGUUGAUAACCUGGUAAACGAGGAAAGUGAAGAUGAACAGGAAGUUUUUGUACCACGAGAUCAAGUGCAUAUGCCUCCAGUGCACAUGAGGAACCUGAAUUUUGAUGGGGAUGACGAACCAUCGACUGAUAUUUUCUAUGAUCCAUACACCCAAACAGAUCAACGGUUAAAAGUAGGAGACAAAUUUCGUUCUAAGGAGGCAUGUAUCAUGGCCAUAAAAAGAUUUCAUAUGGCAAACAAUGUUGAUUUUAGAGUUGAUCGCGCCAAUGUCGAAAGGUACAAAAUUUACUGUAGAAACACUGAUUGUGGAUUCAGGUUGCAUGCAUCAUACAGGAAGAGAAGUGACUCAUGGGUUAUAGGAUAUAUUUCCCAAGAUCACACAUGUGUUAACACAAAUGUUUCACAAGAUCACCGUAAGCUAAGUUAUGACAUCAUUUGUCAAGAAAUCUUGCCUCUAGUUGAAAAAGAUCCAUCGUUAAAGGUGAAAACGAUAAUCUCUCAUAUCGUUGCAACGUACAACUACACUUCGUCUUAUAGAAAGGCGUGGCUGGCGAAGACCAAGGCGAUCGAAGUUGUGUAUGGAAAUUGGGAGGAUUCGUAUAAACGACUCCCACAUUUCUUAUAUGCGCUUCAAAUUUAUGCUCCUGGAACUGUUACUAUUUUAGAGACCCUUCCGGCGCAAUCUCCAGACGCAACAUCACUUCAAGGAAAUGUGAUAUUCCACAGGCUCUUCUGGGCUUUCCGCCCAUGUGUACAAGGAUUUUCAUAUUGCAAACCAAUUCUUCAAAUAGAUGGAACUUGGUUGUACGGAAAAUAUAAAGGCACCAUAUUGAUGGUUGUGGCUCAAGACGGAAAUAGUAACAUCUUUCCUGUUGCUUUCGCUCUUGUGGAAGGAGAAACUGCUGGAGCAAACGGGUGGCAAAACCCUACAUCAACGCAUGUUUACUGUAUUCGACACAUCGCACAAAAUUUCAUACGGGAGAUAAAGGACAGGGCUCUUCGGAAGACUCUUGUCAAUGCCGGAUAUGCGUUGACUCAACCGACGUUCCAAUAUUAUCGCCAAGAAAUUGUAGCGGCAAAUCCAGAUGCUGGCAGAUGGGUAGACAAUCUUGCUAGAGAGAAAUGGACCAGAUCAUACGACAACGGGAAGCGAUGGGGGCACAUGACUACGAAUCUUGUGGAGUCUAUGAACGGAGUGUUUAAGGGCAUCAGACACCUUCCGAUUACUGCCUUGGUGGAAGCAACAUACUAUAGGAUGGCUUCUCUUUUCGCAAGAAGAGAUGGAGAUGAUUUCUCAUUGAAGGGAGAGGAAUCGAGAGGGAAGAGUUUGAGAUUGGAGAAGGCGAUUCAAAAAUUAGUGGGAGAUUGA